AUGGAGGCGCAGCGGGGCUUCUCCGAGGAGCAGUUCCAGGCCGCCUGCCGGGAGCUGAGCCAGCCGGCGCCGGCGGCAGGGGGAGCCUGGCAGCUCCUGGUGGAGACUAUGGGCAUCAGUAUCUACCGGCUCUACGACGAGCAAUCAGGACUUUAUGAGUAUAAAAUCUUUGGUGGCCUUGCCGAUUGUCCCCCAGACUUGCUUGCAGAUGUCUAUAUGGAUUUAGACUACAGAAAACAAUGGGAUCAAUAUGUUAAAGAGCUGAGUGAGAAGAUUUAUGAUGGGAAGAGAAUAAUCUACUGGGAAGUGAAGUACCCUUUCCCUUUGUCAAACAGAGAUUAUGUGUAUAUUCGUGAACGUCGUGAUAUGGAGGUUGAUGGGCAGAAGGUCUGGGUUAUGCUGGCUAAAAGUGUGUCUCUUCCUCAGUGUCUAGAAAAACCUGGGAUUAUCAGAGUAAAUAGUUACGUGCAAAGUCUGGUGCUUGAGAGUGAUGGCAAGACUGGAUCCAAAGUUUACAUGUAUUACUUUGAUAAUCCUGGUGGCAUGAUUCCGUCAUGGCUCAUUAACUGGGCAGCCAAGAGUGGAGUACCUGCUUUCCUCAAAGACCUGCAGAAGGCUUGCCUUAAUUAUUGCAAGAAAACCUGA